AUGUUAAGUAUAUUUCUCCUACUUCUUAUUUCUAUACAAAAUCUUCAUGGUCUUAUUUGUUAUACCAAUAAUACAUUUUAUUUUUCUCAAAAUGAUUUCAAUUGGAAUAAUUUUUCAAUUAAUAAUAAAAUACAACAAUUAGUUAAUUCAACAUCUUGCCAUGUACGAAUAACCAUAGAUAAUAAUAAUAAUAUAAUUAUCAAAUUUGAUUCAUCUCUUAAUAAUAAUUAUAAUACUACACAUAUUGAAUUUGGUUCAACAAUAAACUUUUUCAAUAAAAAUAUUCAAUCGAUUGCAAGUUAUCUUGAUUAUACAUGUUUAUCAGGGAAUUUAUGUGAUAAAAUAUUUAUUGAAAAAUGGAUUAAAAAAUUACUUAUUAUUAGUAAAAAUUCUUUAUAUAAUAAUUUUAUUUCAUUAUGGAAAAAUUCAAGUAAUACAAAAGAUAUAUGUCAUUCAGAAAAAGUAAUAAAUACAUGUGAAAGUUAUUUAUGUUUUAUGAUUUAUGAUGAAUUAAAAUAUCUUAGUUAUGAAAAAUCUCAAUGUGAUCCGAAAUUAUCUACAAAUCCAAUUUAUAUAUAUAUUAAAACAUACUCAGGAAAUCGAAUACAUAAUUAUCAAUGUAUGAAAAAUAUUUGUACAAAAGAAGUUGUGUAUAAAUUAAAAUAUAAUUCAACAGAAGAAUUAAUUGAUUAUAAAAUACAAGAUUAUAUAAAUAAAUUAAAUGUAGAACGACUUUUACUUAUUGUUGGAAUAUUAAUAAUUAUUGGUAGUAUUGCUUAUUCUAUUCAAUGUCGAAAAUAUAGACAAGGAUAUCGUUUAACAAAAAAUAUAGUUUAA